AUCCCGUGUGCUUGACCCGGACUUCUCGGAGGUGUGCCCGGAUGCCUGGCUUGGUUUCCAAGGGAAAUGUUAUUAUUUUUCUGAGGCUGAGGGCAACUGGACCAGCAGUCAGGAAAGCUGCAAGGCCUUGGGAGCAACUCUGGCCUUCAUAAGUAGCUGGGAAGAACUGGACUUCAUCCAAAGCUUCACAGGCAAAGCCGACCACUGGCUUGGGCUGGAGAAGAAGGACGACGGCUGGGGGAUCAGCUCGUCCCUGUGCCACACCAGGAAGAACUGGGUGUGCAGCAAACCCGACAGCUACAUCCUCUGGAGGAAGAAGGCAUAUCCAUCAAAAAAUUCCCU